UGUCAACGUAGCCGGCAUGUGGAUUUCACGUGAUCUUACGCUGGUCCUUGUCGCAGGUGAUCCAGCUUCCUCCACGCACUAGGGUUUGAAUUCUAGGUUCGGUUCUUAUCCUCUCUGUUCAGAGAACCUCUCCUUCCUUCCUUUCCUCUCUCUGUGAGAAAGACACAAACCAAAGCAACAGGGUUUGAAGAUAAAAUGGCCAUGUCUCAUCUCUUCCUUUCUUCUCCUCGACCUUCAUUGGCUCCGCGACUCCACUCACCGACCCAGUUGUGUUUGCAGUUCUACUCUAACAUCAGUAAAGAUUUCAAGGGUUCAAAUGAAGCUAAAGCAUCGAAGAGAUUCCUCUGCCGCUCGAUUCAUAUGGAAUCUGAUCAUUCAGGGGACUCAAAGAGGCUUACUUUCGAUACCCUUUUGAGAAAAGCAAAAGAUGUUUGGAAUGAUUCUCCACAGCCGGUCAAGGACUUCCCUUGGAACAGAGCGUUCGAGAACUUCUUGCAGCUGGUUCUUGAUCUCGCCAUAUCAGUCGUUAAGUUCUUGUUUGUUCCCGUGUUGGCGGUUUCUUCCGUUAGCGAGAUGUCUUAUUGUGCACAUGAGAGGAAGCUUGCUUUAGUCCCUUUCCCUUUAGUCAUCGGUAUUGUUGUUGGAGGCAUUCUACAAGGAACCGCUUUGAACAUCUCUCCUCGUCUUAAGGAAGCGGAAGUACCAUGGCAUUUGAUAGCUAUGAUGAUGUUCUUCACUCUGAUUAAGCUUCCUGGACCGUACUAUCCGUACUGCGGGCGUUUGUUUGUUCCGCAUUUUGCCAAUGGAGUAUUGUUUAGAGCACUUUGGUCCAUGUUCUUUUGGUAUAAGAAGACUAGAAACACAUCAGCAACUCCUCACAGUUCGGAAACAAAAUGAGCAUCUUCAUUCUAUAGUUGUAGGUGGGAACUGGCAAAUGGGUCACUUGGUUUGGUUAUUAUGGGGAUUAUGCGAGACCUCGCGGCUUAGUGCGUCGGGGCAUAGAAAGGAGCUUUCUUCUUCCUUACCUCUUCAAUCUCAGAGAUGUUGAGGUAUAUGAUAAUAUGAGUUUAAUAUUAUAUUGUAGCCCCUAGAGUUGAUUAGUUAUGUUUUCUUCUCUUUAGUUUUUUUAUUGACAAUGUUACAUGUGAAAAUUGUACUCUUCUUUGGGAAUGUAUUUGUGUCUUUGAGAUGGAAACAAGGAAAAGGAGUGAUUCAUGUUUUGUUCA